CAAGCGCUCUUUCCCACGGUCUAACGGGAGCGUGGGCAGAGAGGGACCGCCAGAGGGCGUUGGUUGGCGCACAGUGUGACCUUCCCAAGCCCCGCCCCCAGCGGCGCCUUCUAAACACGUCCUUCCGCUCACUUCCUCCUCUUUUCUCUUCUCCGCCAUCCUAUGUGUGGUUGAGUUCUCUCCUCACCAUGUCUUCUCACAAGACUUUCAGGAUCAAGCGAUUCCUGGCCAAGAAACAAAAGCAGAAUCGUCCCAUUCCUCAAUGGAUUCGAAUGAAAACUGGCAAUAAAAUCAGGUACAACUCCAAGAGAAGACAUUGGAGAAGAACCAAGCUGGGUCUAUAAGAAGCAAGCUGGGUCUAUAAGAAGUGGUCUUAACAUGUGUGCCACACAUGUUAAGACCACUUUUUUAAGCAGCCAAAUCACAGUGAGAACAUCACUACUGUAAUGCUUGGCUCCUGAUGUAUCUUAUUUCCUAACUAUCAGUCUGAGACUCAGUAAUAAAUAUGAAACGUUGGAACUGU